CACUGAAGUCUCAACAGUAAUAGAUGCCAUGAACCACGCUAUAUAUGCUUUCGAUGUCCAGCACAUAAUUAUUGAUAAUUUACAAUUCAUGAUCUCAGAACAAGGAAAAUUCAUAGACAGAUGGGAAUUACAAGAUCGCACAAUUUCUACUUUUCGUAGAUUCGCUACUGAAAAAAACGUUCACAUAACAAUGGUGGUUCACCCAAAGAAAGACAAUAGAGAGUUACUAGAUAUGAGCUCAAUAUUUGGCUCUGCAAAAAUUUCUCAGGAAGCAGAUAAUGUCAUCAUACUUCAGAAGAUAGAGAGUGAAUACGGUGAUGAGCGAUAUUUACACGUAAAAAAAAACAGGUUUGAUGGCACGUUAGGUGCAAUUCCAAUCGAAUUCAUACCCGAUUCUUUGAAAGUGCGACAACUUAGAAAGCAAAGGUCGCGUGAAUUUGAUCACUCAUUCACAG